GAGGCCCCGGGAUCGACAAGCUCAUCAGACUCUAGAUCCUUGAAGAGCCUGGAUUCCGCAACCACGUUGGUGCUGGGCAGUCAGAGCAGAGAGAGCCUGGAGGAUUCAUCCGAUCGCGAGGAACUCCCCAACGCGAAGGGCAUCGAGGUUGAGGACACCCUCGUGAAGACGGUUCAGGAAGAUCCGGUUCCGGAAGACAAGCCAAGCAGGGUGGUUCCCCAAGACAAGCCGAGCACGGUGGUUCCCGAAGACAAGCCGAGCACGGUGGUUCCCGAAGACAAGCCAAGCACGGUGGUUCCCGAAGACAAGCCAAGCACGGUGGUUCCCGAAGACAAGCCGAGCACGGCGGUUCCCGAAGACAAGCCGAGCACGGCGGUUCCCGAAGACAAGCCGAGCACGGUGGUUCCGGAGCCAAGCACGGUGGUUCGCGAAGACAAGCCGGCGAACACGGUGGUUCCCGAAGACAAGCCGAGCACUACGGCGGUUCCCGAAGACAAGCCGAGCACGGAGGUUCCCAACAAGCCAGUUCCCGCACGGGUUGCACAGCCGAACGGUCCAGAUAUGGCAGCAGGCGGAGGAUCGGCAGUACAGGUGAAGCAGGAGCAGCAGGACGAGGCCGAUGUCGAUAUCGAUGACAAGUGGCGGAGGGACAAGUACGGGGCACUCCUAUCUCCGGCUGCCUUGUAUGCCAGAUUCUAUCGCAAAGAUCGCAACCAUCGCAUGCACGAGAUGUAUAUGCAGUAUCUGUCCUGCCGGGCCGAGUGGACGAAGAGCUUCAUCGUGGUGUCCGUGAGGAGCAAGAAGUCCGAGGAGAUCUACGCCUGGAAGACCCUAAAGGUUCUCAGGGCCGAGUUGGGCGAUGCUUUGGCCAACGAUCUUUUCGCCCGGCACAUGGAAGUCGACCCCAGGAUGACCGGCAAGCUGCUUCAGCCCCAUCCGAACUUCCCCAAAGAAAUGACCCUGCUGAAGAGCUUCGACACGAUCAAGGAUAUUUCAGCCAAGAAGUUUUCUACUUCUGCGGGAUUCCAUAUGGAAGCAGAAAAUGUGGAUGAGGAGGAUAUGCACGGUGCAAUGUGGCUUGUCGUACUAAACAUAUACACACUCGAC